ACUGGUCAUUCACAGCGAGUUUAGUCUGUUUGGUUCAGUAAUCACAUUGAAGAAGUAUUUCCUAACCAUGUGGGAGAGAUGCCACCUAAUCUUUGGUAUUGCUUUGGCAAUAGCACAACUUUUAUUACCAGCUGCAUUAAAAGAAGAAAAGCAAGUUGACCCAACAACCGGUUCAUAUUUUGACGUUCCUUUAGAUCACAGGGAUCGCUUCCAUCUUUACUGGACGAUAAACUACGUGGACAGAGAGGUCAUUAUGGAAGUCAGAGCAUACCUAAAUACCAAUGACUGGAUCGGAGUUGGAUUUUCGGACCGAGGCAAUAUUUCCAGUGCUGAUCUUUGCAUUUUUUGGGUGGAUAGACAGGGUGAUUCGCAUUUUCAGGAUGUUUGGACAGAUGAAGCUGGUUACAUAUCAGUUGACUACCACGACGACUGUUCCCUGAUGGCACUGAGAAGAAGAGAUCACAUCACACACUUUGUCUUCAGCCGCAGAUUUGACACUUGUGAUGUCCAAGAUUACGUGAUCGAGGAUGGUACGACCCACGUGGUCUACGCAACAGGAAAAGGACCUUUGCGGAGACUGGAAGGACUUCGUCUCACGAAAGAAGAACAUGAUUUCCAAAGAGUGCAGUUGCUAAAAAUUUUAGAUCCGCCACCAGCUCUACCCGAAAGCACCAAGAUCUUUUCAGUCACGAACGACAAAGUUCAAGUGCCAGAUUUGGAGACAACCUACUGGUGUAGCUUGCACAAGCUACCAGAUGAAUUUAGUGAUAAACAUCACAUUGUUAAGUAUGAAACAGACAUCCAGCACGGCAACGAGCCAGUGGUUCACCACAUGGAGGUAUUUCACUGCGAAGUUCCUGACGACUUGGAACUACCUUACUGGAAUGGUCCAUGUUUUGAUAAGUCUAAGCCCACUAUACUGGAAACCUGUAAGCGAGUUCUUGCUGCGUGGGCUAUGGGAGCACCGCCAUUUUACUACCCAGAGGAAGCAGGACUUCCCAUUGGAGGAAAUAACUUUUCUCAUUACGUCAUGUUGGAGGUCCAUUACAACAAUCCAGAACAACGAGAUGACUGGGUAGACAGCUCUGGUAUGCGUCUCUUCUAUACAAACGACUUACGCCCUUACGAUGCCGGAAUAAUAGAAGUAGGCCUAGAAUACACCGACAAAAUGGCGAUUCCUCCAAGGCAACAAAUUUUCGAGUUAAACGGCUACUGUGUAGCAGAAUGCACAAGAGCGGGUCUUCCUCCAGAGGGAAUCACAAUCUUUGCCUCUCAGCUUCACACUCACCUAACGGGCACAAGAGUAUUGACUAAACACUCGCGAGGAGGAGUCGAACUUCCAGAAUUGAAUCGGGAUAAUCAUUAUAGCACCCACUUCCAAGAAAUUCGUUUUCUGAAGCAAAGAGUACAACUUUUCCCGGGUGAUGCUUUGAUAACAACUUGCCGUUACAACACUACUGAUCGUGAAAAUAUAACACUGGGAGGGUUUGCCAUCAGUGACGAAAUGUGUGUCAACUAUAUGCACUACUUUCCUAAGACUAACUUGGAGGUGUGUAAGAGUUCAAUUGACACUCAAGCCUUACAGGCAUUCUUCGGUUACAUGAACGAGUACCACGACGAAGCCACAGCUCUUGACAGCAGCGUGCAUGAAAACUAUCAUGCUAUUCAUUGGAGUCAACACAACGCCAACUUCCUCAACAAGCUCUACCAAAGUGCUCCUAUAUCUAUGCAGUGUAAUCAAUCGUCCGGUGAUAGAUUUCCUGGCUACUGGAAUGGUGUCCCAAUAACCGAAAUUCUGUAUCCUCUUCCUCCAACUCCCAGAUCUUGUGGCGAUAAGGACGGCAAAGAAGGCAUUCUCUCUGAAGUUUAAUGCGUUUAAAGUUUCGUUUCCCCAACAAUGACAACAUUAACACUUGAACAUGAAGAUUCUCUGUAAAAAAAUAAAGUUAAACCUUUUAUCAUGUAAUGAAGAAUGAUAAUAAAUCAAGUUUCAAUGUGAAUAUGACGAA